CAAUAACAUGCAAGCAAUUACAGCCAGGUGAGUUAAGACACGUGAACCUCAGGACACCAUUCGGUCUCCAUGACGAUGAUGUACCAAAACACCCACUCGCCGAACAUCCGUGUUGCGUCGUGUGUGUCAUUUAGCUGUGCUUGAAUAGUUGUUCAAUUGCACCAAAGAUCAAUCGAUAGAUACAGCAGCGUGUGUGAGGACGUUCCUGCUGCACACAGUUGCUGAAGUGUCCAGACAACUCGCUAGCCGCCUUUGGAUUGUUCGCAAGCUUAUCAAAAGCACACACGACAAAUCCGCCUCUUUCUCGCCGCCGUGUUGCUACUAUGAAGCAUCAACAAGUGGUACCGGACUAUGCGGCCAUGGUGAAAACUUCCGGCACGUGUCUCUGCUUGGUAUUUUCCGGAUGGGUACUAUUUAAACUAGUACAGGCCAUUUUCUGGCUACCGGGCUAUUUGGAAAAGAAUCAGGAACAACUGUAUCGCCGGGUCGAAGAACGAUCGAGAAUGUUGCCCGACGAGGAAGUUGAUAGAGUGAAGACCAGCUCAAAAGCACGUGACCAUACGUCUGCUGAAUGUACCAAUAAGGAACGUUCUUUAGCUGAAGGCCCAACGAGCGAGACUAUUAUGGAAGAGAAGGGAGAAAAUGAUGCGGUGGAGUGUGAAGCCGACAACAAAAAGGAUAAAUAAUGAGGUUGCUAUUUGGAGAAGAAGUAGGAUGAUAGUGGAAAUAUUAUAAAAUUAUUCAAACACAAUUCACCAAACAUUGUAACAGUUUUAACGCGUUCAAGCAGUAUGGCAAGAAGUGAUAUGUGUGGACCCAUGCAAACACAAACGAACUGCAUCACUCAAACCUACAACAUGUACAACAAGCCUGUUUUUUGUAAUCGGAUGAUGUUUGAUUUUAUUUCAUUGUAAGUUAAUCCACUGUCUGUAUUAUAAUGCAAAGCCGCCCGGUUACGUCUUUUGAUCUACACUCUUGAUAGAAUUGUCAUUUCCUAUUGGGAGAAAAAUCGCAUAUUUGCAAUAGUUGGUGCAGUUUGUCUGGGUGAGGUAUGAUUGAAUAAUUAUUAUUUUAAGCAAUACAGACACAAUUAAAUAGUUUGCAUUUUAGAAGACGUAUCAAGAACAAAAUCUGGAUGUUUUCUGUUUGAAAAAAAA